CAUAUGCAUUUCUCCAUGUCUUUGCCAUGGAUGGAUCAUUCAUCUCAAAAGAAGGAAGAGGAAGGGUCAUCAACAAGUCAUCAUGCUGUUCAGCAGAGCCCAGAAAGGGAAAGACACACUUUCACGUUCAAGUACAAGGACAAGUCGUACAUUGUGGCAUGUGACAAAUCCCAGACUGUGAUUGAUGCUCUCAAUGAUAAUGGUAGCUUUAAGAAAAUUAACAACAACAACAUGCAGACAGAAAUAAUUAUAAAAAGAUCUGAAGGGAAAUUCCAUGGAGCUGCUGUGAACACUGAUUUCCCCUGCUGUCUUAUUGAAAGAGAUGAAGUCUUAAAUAUACAAUUCAUCACAAGAGAAAAAAAUGCUUCUAUAGAACAAAAAUCAACUGAGAAGACUUCACUUCAACAAUCAACUGAGAAGACUUCACUUCAACAUCAAAAAUUAGUUGUCCUCUACAUCAGAACAAAAGGAGAGGGCAAAAUGAAAAUCAUAAUAAAGAGCACAACACUGAGGACAGUUGACUAUGUUUGUGUGUAUGCAUUUGUAGGAGAGACAUUGGAAAGUGCACUUUGGCGUGAUGGGCGAUUUGUGGAUGAAAUAUUUGUCAGAGGCUCUGAGCUCAUAGAGUAUGAUGAUAAAAAGAAAGAUACAGUGAAGGUUAAUAGUGUUGGUAAAAAGCAGCAACCUGGCAAAAAGCAUUUAAGUAGUGCAAAGAAGGAAAGUAUUGAAGCUCCAGCUGGUGCUCUGGCAGUUGAACCCAAUGUCCAUCAAAGUCAAUAUCCCGUCAACACUGAACAAAAGGAGACUCAAAAGGCAAAGAUGAUAAAAUCAACAAAUCAGAGUGGGGCUCAAGUUACUGGGGAUUUAGAGAACACUGAGUACAAAAUUCUGUGUAAAGAUAUAUUGGAGAAGCUAAAAGACCCCGAGGUUAGAAAGUUGUACCAAAAAGAAUUUGAUAAAGGCUUUAAGAGUUUCACUGAGGUGACGAAAGUGAAGCAGCUCAUGAUCCUGUCUGAUUCUGUAUGUCUGAUUGGAGUUGAGCCGAGUAAAGAUGAGCAGAUUGCUGGUGAGCAGAUUGCUGGUGAGCAGAUUGCUGAACUUCGUUUGUCCCCAUCAGAGCAUCAACACACAUUUAGUCUGUUAAGGCCCAUAAAGGUAGCAUUUAAUUAUGAAUAUUCAAAAUCACAGGCAAUAGUACUGCGAUGCAAAAACGACCUUGCUGCUUACCGUUAUGAGAAAGACAAACAUAUUGAUUACGCUCUUCUUGAAUUGGAUAUUGAUGAAUCUAUUUCUGUUAACUGUUCUCAAUUGCUCAGAAAUUACAAACAUGCCCCUCCUAAUGCACCUCCUAAUAGUGGUGGGAUUUACAUUGUGGGACAUCCAGAUUGUGGGGUUAAAAAAAUGGACCCCUGCUUCAUCAUUGAGAUUGAGAAUCGAUUACAGGCUAUAAAUAAUCACAUAUCUCAGAAUAGGUUAUAUCCAUAUGUGUCAUUGCAAUGUUGGCCUUAUCUUAAAGAAAACGACAUUACCUAUGACACUUGUUUCUUUCAUGGAUCUUCUGGCUCCCCAGUUUUUGAUGAAUACUGCUAUCUGAUUGGUAUGCACACUGGUGGAUUUGAUUACAAAGAAGGUGAUAUAACCAGAAGUGUUAUAGAAUUUGCCUAUUCCAUGCAGUCCAUCCUAGAAAGUCUCAAAAAUGAGGUCAAGACAAAGAGACCUGACAUCUUAAACUUACUUUCUGAAUUUGAAUUUAUGAAAGAACUCCCUGAGGAAACUGAGGGUGCACGUGGAGCAAACAUGCCCAUGGAGGAACAAUUCCAGAAUCAAGAAGAUGUGAAAAUGGAAAUAGAUUAAAAGGACAUUGGGGUUCGGAGUCGUGUUUAAAGCAACCCACACAUUUAUCUUUUUCUUGUGUAUUAAUAAUAAUGAUGAUCCUAGUCUUUGAAGAAGUUUUUAUUUUAAUUUUUUUUAAACGGCAAAUAAUUUUCAGUCCAAAACCUUUUUAAUGCUCUGCUUAUAGUAAAAGAUGCACAUCUUAACAACAAUAUUUACCUUUUUUGUCAUAAAUCAGAUCACAAUUAUUUCUGCUUUACAGUUGAGUUUUGACAAAUGAUUAAUACAGUUGAAAUGUAUGUUUUAUCACAUAUUACAUUAAUGUAUACCAUAUAUAAAAUUGUUGGUGAUGGUGUUACAGUAGGUCUAGUGCUCAAGAUGUUUCAAAGCUUUUGGAAUCUCCUUCAGUUUUCUAAGUCUGAAGAAUUUUGUGGAUGUCCUGCAAAUAAAAUAAUGUUUGUCAGACUGUAAAACUAUGUUG